AUGACAGCCCUCUAAGAGCAAAUCACAUUAUAAGAACCAUCUAAAUAUAAUCAAGAAGAAUAGAUAGGAUCUGGAAAUACUAAUACUGAAAUAAAAAAUCAAAAAGAAGAAUCAUAAUAUUUUUAUAGAUUAUUAAUUACGCAAUUAAUAAUAAUAUUUAUUUCAACAUUUUUACUUAGUAAUAAAUGGUUCUUCUAUGUGAAAUAUACUCCAAAAAGUAAAGUAAAUUUUCAUACUUAUUGUGAAACAUAUGGAAGAUGUUAAUAAAUGUAUGAAUAUCCAAACUAAUACAACAAUAAAUAAGAUAUUUUGAAUAAUGGUGGUUCCCAAGAAAACACAAUUUAUACAAACUUAUAUUACUGUUCUUUUAUCAUGUAUCCUUUAUUUUUAAUUUUACAAUCAGUAUUUAGAAAUUAUUAAUUAUUUGUAAGUUUUAUUUUUAUCAUUUAAGAAAAAAAGAUAGAGACUUUUUCACUAUUUAUCAUAUCCAUUAAUGAGUCUAUUCAUCUAAGUUUGUACACACUAAAUCUCUUAAACAAGAUGUAUAAUAUAUUAAAUUAUCUUAGGGUAUAUUGGUUUUGAUUAUUUCAGAUUAUUAUUGAUAUAUCUAAUUGGUAAUAUUUCAUUUUUUUAUUUGAAUCAAAAAUACUUCAAAUGGUAACUUGAAGUCAAAUCUACAGCAUAAAAGUUUCUGAAUUACUCCAUAAUUAUUAUUGGUCUAAAAGGAAUACUGGAUUUUAUCUCUUUUAAUAGUUCUAAUUAUAUACCACAUUUGUUAUUAGCUUUUUAUAUAUAAGUAUAUUUAUUACAUCUUAAUAAAAACUUAUUCCAAGUAAAAAGAUUUAAUUAACAUUAGUAAAACAAUAAAUAUAUCAUUCAUAAUUAAUCACUUUUGUGUUUGACAAUAAAUAGACUAAAAUCACUAUUUGAUGUUUAAGAUGUCUAUAAAUAAGUAGCUGAGACUCAUUUUGUUAUAUCAAGUAAGAUAAUGAAGAAUGGAAUUAUUGGAAUUAUUAUUGCUUUAAUUUUAAGAGAUUUCCUCUUUAGUUAUUUUACUUUUUUUGUUCUAAGUGUAUUCUUAUUAAUCUUAGUAUGGGAUACAUCACUUGUGUCUACAGUAUAUAUUGAUUUUAUAUUCUUAGUCAUCAAAACUUACUUUAAAAGAUCAAUAUUAGGCAGCCAGUUUAUUCUUUUUAGAUAUCCUAAUACCAAUCAGAAAUAUAAUCCUAGUACUUCUUGCUUGA